AUGAAGAAGAGAAUGGUGAAAAAUAGAGAGAGAUCUCAAAAGGGAGCUCGAGCUUAUGAUGCACCGGUGCUUAAGACGACUGGUUCUGGUAAGUUCCGAGCCAAGACUCCGUUCAACAACAGUGCUCAAGAUUCUCUCUUCCUUCUUUUCACCAAACAAGUUGCAUUGGGUUACAAGCUUUUCUCCUCGUUAUGCCAGCCAAAGAACAUGGUUUUGGAUUCCAAGGCUUACACGAAACUUGUUCAGACAUCGGCGGAAUCAGGCUCCGCGGUUCUGGGAAAGCUUGCCAUGGAAUUGUUUAUCGAAGCUAGGGAUUCUAAUUUGAAGCUUGAUAAGUUCACUUAUGCCGGUGCAUUCGGCUUUUGUGGAGAAAAGUGUGAUCUUGGUUUAGGCAAAUUGUUGCACGGGUUGGUUGUUGUAAACGGUCUGGCUCUGAAUGUUUUUGUCGUCAAUGUGUUGAUCAACAUGUAUUGUAAGUGCGGAAAGGUCGACCAAGCAAUGUCCUUAUUUGAUCGAUCCGAUGAAAAGGACCAGGCUUCAUGGAACUCUUUGAUUUCCGGUUAUGUUCGGGCUGGUGCAGCGGAGGAAACGCUUAAUAUGCUGGCUAAAAUGCAUAGAGGCGGCAUAAAGUUGACCACUUAUGCUCUUGGGAGUGUGCUAAAGGCUUGCUGCAUAAACCUGAACGGAGACAAUGGUAUGUCGAUUCAUUGUUACGUAACGAAAUUAGGAAUGGAAUCAGAUAUAGUUGUUGGUACUGCAUUGCUUGACAUGUAUGCCAAAAAUGGAAGUUUGAAAGAGUCAGUAAAGCUUUUUACUUUGAUGCCUGGCAAGAAUGUGGUUACGUAUAAUGCGAUGAUCUCCGGGUUUCUCCAAAUGGAUGACAUAACCGGUGAAGCUUCUAGUGAAGCAUUUAAGCUCUUCAUGGAUAUGCAAAGACAGGGGUUGAAACUCUCGCCGUCGACAUUUUCAGCUGUGCUCAAAGCUUGUAUCGCCGCGAAAACCUUGGAAUAUGGAAAACAGAUCCACGCACUCAUAUGCAAGAACAAUUUUCAGUCUGAUGAGUUCAUUGGGAGCGCUCUCAUUGAGCUGUAUGCUUUAAUGGGAUCAACUGAAGACGGGAUGCGAUGCUUUGCUUCAACAGCGAAGCAAGAUAUCGCCUCAUGGACAUCGAUGAUUGAUUGCCAUGUCCAAAACGAGCAGCUUGAAAGCGCGUUUGAUCUGUUCCGGCAACUUUUCUCAUCCAGUUUAAGACCGGAAGAGUAUACUGUGUCACUUAUGAUGAGUGCUUGUGCUGAUUUUGCUGCAUCAAGCUCAGGAGAGCAGAUUCAGGGAUUUGCCAUAAAGAGUGGAAUCGAUGGUUUUACCAGCGUUAAGACCUCAAGCAUCUCUAUGUACGCAAAAUCAGGUAACAUGCCGCUUGCGGCUAAAGUGUUUACAGAGGUCGAAAUUCCAGACAUUGCAACAUACUCAGCUAUGAUCUCAAGCCUUGCGCAACACGGAUUCGCUAGCGACGCCUUGGAUGUCUUCGAGUCGAUGAAACUCCGUGGACUGAAACCGAACCAGCAGGCGUUUCUCGGCGUUCUAAUAGCGUGUUGCCACGGAGGAUUGGUCACAGAGGGACUAAGCCAUUUCCAAAGCAUGUGGUGCGACUACGGGAUCAGCCCUAACGAGAAACAUUUCACUUGCCUCGUCGAUCUUUUAGGUCGAACAGGGAGGUUAUCAGACGCUGAGGAUGUGAUCUUGAGCUCUGGGUUUCAAGACCAUCCAGUGAUGUGGAGAGCGUUGCUGAGCUCUUGCAGGGUUUACAACGACGGCGUUUUAGGGAAACGCGUCGCCGAGAGGCUGAUGGAGCUCGAACCCGAGGCCUCUGGCUCGUACGUGUUGCUACACAACAUCUACAACGAGUCUGGAGUCAAUUCUUCCGCUGAAGAGGUUAGGGAGCUGAUGAGAGAUCGAGGAGUGAAGAAAGAGCCUGCCUUGAGCUGGAUCGUGAUCGGUAAAGAAUCUCAUUAUUUUGCGAUCGCUGAUACGUCUCACCGGUCGAACCAGAUGAUCUACGCGAUGCUGCAACAGCAGUUAGAUACCAUGAACACUAUAGACUUUCAAGACGAUGAUGAUACUCUUGUAGUUGCUUCUUCUGUUUACAUGAAAAUUUAA